AGAGGGAGUGAAGGGUAAAGCAGACGAGAACGGAAGAGGAGCGGAGUCUCGAUGAACUGUACAAAGCACCGGCAUCUCCAGAACAAUCGCCGUGCGCGGUGCACGCAAACACCCCCCCGCGCGCGCGGUUCCUUAUUUUUGGGCUGCAUUCGGCUGUUUCUAUGGGUCCCAGUGUGAUGUCACCCCCGGUUAAAAACCUCAAGUGUCUGUCGCCGGUCAUGUGUCAGUGUAAGGUCGUUUGUAGCAACCGGACGCUGUCUCUCAUGUUCGGCUGCAAGAAAUACCGUUACCAAGAUGAAGACACGCCCCCUUUGGAACACAGUCCUACCCACCUAACCAAUCAGGGGAAGGCUCCGGAGCUGGUCCACGUGUCGGAGAAGAAUCUAUCCCAGAUCGAGAACGUGCAUGGAUACGUCUCCCACCCUCACAUCUCCCCCAUGAAGCCUGAACUACUUUCUGGUGGCCACACCCCUCUGUAUACAUCUGCCACUUCAACACUGAUUAAUGGCGCGGAUGGAGAGGUGGAAUAUGAAGAAAUCACUCUGGAGAGGGGUAACUCUGGUUUGGGGUUCAGCAUCGCAGGGGGUACCGAUAACCCCCACGUGGGGGACGACCCCAGCAUCUUCAUCACCAAAAUCAUCCCUGGGGGGGCGGCAGCACAGGAUGGCAGGCUCAGGGUGAACGACAGCAUCCUGUUUGUGAACGACAUGGAUGUGCGAGAGGUGUCCCACAGCAUGGCGGUGGAAGCGCUGAAGGACGCGGGCGCCAUCGUCCGGCUCUACGUGAUGCGCAGGAAGAGCGCGGCGGAGAGAAUCACCGAGAUCAAACUCAUCAAGGGACCCAAAGGUCUUGGUUUCAGCAUUGCUGGGGGGCUGGGGAAUCAGCACAUCCCCGGAGACAACAGCAUCUACGUGACCAAAAUCAUAGAGGGGGGGGCGGCGCACAAGGACUGCAGGCUGCAGAUCGUUUCCACCCCUCUAGACCCACGCCCAUGUGCAGAUUCCACCUCGUCUGCAGUGCCCGCCCCAAUAGUCCAUACCCCUACUCCCGACUCCCACACUGGUCAGAGGGCUCGCCCCCUCUUCAGACCCCAGCCCCCGCUCAGACCCACCACCCCUCUAGAGACGCCCCCCUCUGCAGUGCCCCGCCCCCUUAUCCCGUACCCCUUACUCCACUACUCGGACCGGUUGCAGUCUCCGCCCCCCCCCUCCACCCCCCCCUCCUCGGGCACCACGGUCCCCCUCUGGGGGCAGACUCCACCCCCUCUGGACCGCCCCCUGGGGGGACGACGCAACACAUUAGCUGGCUGCUGUUUUUCUGAUUUUAUUUUUGGGGCAGCGUACUCUACCCACAUGGACAACGAGGUCGGACACCCCAAUUUCCUGGUCACGGAUUACCCACAAGCCCUCACUCCCACGUCCCCACACAGAUACUCACCCAUCCCCAAAGGCAUGCUGGGAGAGGAUGACACGCCCAGCCGGGAGCCGCGGAGAGUGGUGAUCCACCGCGGCUCCACCGGACUCGGGUUCAACAUCGUCGGCGGGGAGGACGGGGAGGGAAUCUUCAUCUCUUUCAUCCUGGCAGGGGGGCCAGCAGACCUGAGUGGAGAGCUGAGCAAAGGGGACCAGAUCCUGUCGGUGAACGGGGUGGAUCUUCGGAGUGCCACGCAUGAGCAGGCAGCUGCUGCUCUGAAGAAUGCAGGCCAGACCGUCACCAUCAUCAGCCAGUACAAACCAGAGGGUAAGAGAGGGGCUCCCAGUACAGACCAGAGGGUAAGAGAGAGGCUCCCAGUACAGAACAGAGGGGGAUUCUACAUCAGGGCCCUGUUCCACUACGACAAGACGAAGGACUGCGGCUUCCUGAGCCAGGCCCUGGGGUUCCAGUUCGGAGAGGUGCUGCACGUGAUCGACACUGCAGACGAGGAAUGGUGGCAGGCCAGGAGAGUGAGCCCUGAGGGGGAGGGGGAGGAGAGCGGCUUCAUCCCCAGCAAAAGGAGGGUAGAAAGAAAAGAAUGGUCCAGACUAAAGACGAAGGACAGGGACCGGAGCAGAGACAGCAUCGGAUCACAAGGGAGAGAGGAUUUUGUUCAGAGUUACGAGACCGUGAUGCAGAUCGAAGUCCAGUACGCCCGUCCCAUCAUCAUCCUCGGUCCCACGAAGGACAGGGUGAACGAUGACCUCCUCUCUGAAUUCCCAGACAAGUUUGGAUCCUGCGUGCCACACACCACGCGGCCGAAGCGAGAGUACGAGGUGGAUGGGCGGGAUUACCACUUUGUGUCGUCACGGGAGCAGAUGGAGAAGGACAUUCAGAGCCACAAAUUCAUCGAGGCGGGCCAGUACAACAGCCACCUGUAUGGGACCAGUGUGCAGUCAGUCAGGGAGGUGGCAGAGCAGCAAGUGAAGCAUUGCAUCCUGGAUGUUUCGGCGAACGCAGUGCGGAGACUGCAAGCCGCACAGCUGCACCCCAUCGCUGUGUUCAUCAGACCCAAAUCACUGGAGAACAUCCUAGAAAUUAAUAAGAGGUUGACAGAGGAUCAAGCUCGGAAAGCUUUAGACCGGGCGGUGAAACUAGAGCAAGAAUUCACAGAGUGUUUCUCAGCUAUCGUGGAAGGGGAUAGCUUCGAGGAAAUCUACCACAAAAUCAAAAGAGUUAUCGAAGAGCAAUCGGGACCUUACAUCUGGGUUCCAGGGAGAGAGAGACUGUGAAAGAGGAGCUACUACCUGUCCAUC